GUUUACUACAUAACUUGCUUUGCUUAAUUUGUUCCUUAUACAAAUCUAUUGCUGACUCAUCAACAAAAUCAAAAAGCUACUUAUACACUUAACAAUACAAAUACUAGAAUCACUACAUUGUAGUAUAAGGUUAAGCAGUGAUAGAUAGUGAGUGUUGAAGAUGAAGUCCAUAGAAAAUUUUGAUUCCAUUAACGUAAACAAUCAAAAUAGUAACAUGUUUGGUGUCUCUUUCUCUCCUCAAAGGAACAUAAGUGUCCCUUCAUAUGCUGAAGCAGUUCCAACAAGCUUCUAUUAUCAUAACUAUGGCUGUUACUAUGGAGUCGAAGGUGAACAUGUUGGAUUGUAUUCAGCCUUGCCUUUCAUGCCUGAUGGAUCCAUAUAUGGUAUUGAAGCUUUGAGUAGAUCACAAUCACAAGCAAUGAGUAUUCAUCCAUAUGAAUGCAGUAGCAGUAGCAAAGAAGCAAUGCAACUCAACAUGGAUGGUUUUUUGUAUAACCAAACUUUAUGUCAUAAACCGAACAUUAAUCCAAAUAACCUAAAUCAUGUACAAGAGAAUAUGAACCUCUUGGGAAGUUUGGCGGAGCAUCAGGAGCAACAACUUUCGUGUUACGCCGCGUUACGAAGCAAUAAUAUGAUGUUAGAACUAGAAGGGUUGAUGAAAAAUCAGGUAAAAGAUAGCGUUCAGCUCUCAAAUAUAGUUGAGGAUGAGGUUUUUGAUGUGAAGAGAUGGGUCUCAAGAGAUAUUAAUGCUAUUAGUACAAACUCACAAUCAAGCUGUGUUACUAGUUCACAAGAAACAUCACCUGUUGAAUCUGUUUCUAUUGAUACUAUGAAAAGGAAGAAUCAGAAUCAAACUUUAGGGCAAAGAACAUCUCAAUACAGAGGUGUAACAAGACAUAGGUGGACGGGUAGAUAUGAAGCGCAUCUAUGGGAUAACAGUUGUAAGAAAGAAGGCCAAGUUAGAAAAGGAAAGCAAGUUUAUCUAGGUGGUUAUGACAUGGAAGAAAAAGCUGCAAGAGCUUAUGAUAUGGCUGCACUCAAGUAUUGGGGUCCCUCCACUCGUAUAAAUUUCCCACUAGAAAAUUAUCAAAAAGAACUUGAUGUAAUGAAGAAAAUGACCAGACAAGAAUACGUUGCUCAUUUAAGAAGGAAAAGCAGUGGUUUUUCAAGAGGAGCUUCCAUGUAUAGAGGAGUAACAAGCAGACACCAUCAACAUGGAAGGUGGCAAGCUAGAAUAGGUAGAGUUGCAGGAAACAAAGAUCUCUAUCUUGGAACCUUCACUACUCAAGAGGAAGCAGGUGAAGCUUAUGAUAUAGCAGCUAUAAAAUUCAGAGGAGAAAAUGCUGUUACAAAUUUUGAUAUAACAAGAUAUGAUGUGGACAAAAUUAUAGCAAACAGUAAUCUUCUUAGCAGUGAAGAAGCUAGAAGAAGCAAAAAAGUGGAUGAUGGAGUGAUUAACAUUGAAGAAGCGAUUAAUCCAAUGCAGAAGAGAUGCAAAAUCCAAUCAUUUUCAAUAGGUUUGGAUGAUAUUUAUCGUCAAGAAAUAGAUGAAUGUUCGAAUAGAGUAUCGCAUAUGUCGAAUGCUUCUUCGGUUGUGACAAGCUUAAGUAACUCAAGAGAAGAAAGUCCUGAAUAUGGAAGAAGCUUACCAUUGCUGUUUGGAAUGGAUUCAACAGCUUCAAUGCCUUCAUUUUCUAAUUUGCCUCAGAUGCCACUGUCGGUUUUCGCUGCGUGGACCGACGCAUAAUCGGUUUUGAUCUCAACUUUCUGAUCUUGAAUAUCUGAUUCUGUUAUAGCUUAAUGUAUUCUACGUCCUUGUUUUGCAUGCAUGUUCAUGAGGACAAUGUUUUUGUCAUAAUCCUUUUAACCGUUACAUUUAAGCAGUUUAUUUUUGGUAUGAAGAGUAGUACCAUAAGUUUUAUAUCUUUUUUAGCAGGUUUGUGAAAUCAUUGCUAGAAACUGUUUAAGAAUUCUGAAAGGAUCGUGAUUAUUAACUAAUAUGAGAUAGAUACCACU